CAGUUGAAAAAAACAAUUAUGGUCUUGGAGGAGAAAGGUCAAGUCGAUGUUGAGAAUGUAAGGCCGAAGAAAACUAAAAUAAUAAAACACAUCCAGUCGACAAAGGAACCUAACCCCAACAUUCCAACAGGCAAUGAAGACUUUGGCCAAGGGAUGAACAGAAUGUCCAAAGAACCAUGGUGUCUGUAGGGGAGACCACUGUUGUCUGGUAAUCGAGACAACUCCCACUAUGCCCAAUAAAGUGUAGAAAGUGUGCAGCCUUACAUCCAGUAGUCCAGUGACACUACGGGCCAGCAGACUCCAGGAUGCGCCAUGUCCGACUGCCGCCAGAGGUUCUGUAAACCAGGUCUCUAUGGCUGCCCAUCCGUCUCUCCGCCAAUUUCCUGAGACAUUCAAUUCACUGCAAAGUGGAAAUGUUUUCAUUUUGAAAAUAACCAGCCGAUCGUUCUUUAUUGACCGUCUCGUGGAGGGGAAGAGGACAUGGCAACAACUGCAAUUAUCUGAGCGUCAACAAGGCGCGUGCACACAAAAGGUAAAGAGUUCGCAACCCUUUGGCAGCAAGUGAGUGAUCGCGGCCAUAACCAUGCCGUCCAUCUUCAACGUCAGCCAGUUUGACCAACCCUACGACUUCCUGCACAGCAGCACCAACAGAUCCGACUACGACAAGUCAGUCGACAUCCUGACGACGACUGCAGCUUCUUUUAGUCCAUUUUUCGCCGAAAAUACUUUCCCUUCCGCCCUCGACAACGACACAGCGUUGGUCAACUUUUCCGUCGGGAAACUUCAGGAGGGGAGGAACCUGACGAGCCUGCUCAGCAACCCCACCAACCUCCCCGUCCCCACGAUUAGUAAAUACGCCGUGCCCGUCGUCUGCGUCAUGGGCGUCGUCCUCAACUGCCUCAACCUCCGGGUGCUGUCGGAGCGAUGCCUGAAGGAAUCGCCAUACACUUACCUGUCGGCCAUGGCUGUGCUGUGCCUACUCAACCUCGUUAUGAUCUUCAUCCACAACAUCUUCACGAACUUCCUCCUCAUCAUCCGUUUCAACUUGUCUUGGCUGGUGUUCCAGAUUUACAUCUACUACCCAACCAUCAACAUCUGUGCCAACUCCAUCAUGUGGCUGACGACGACGCUGACUAUCGAGCGCUUCCUCUUUGUGUGCUACCCGCUGUGGGCCCGCGCUACGUGCGACCGCCGUGCAGCUAAGAUGAAGGUCUGCAUCAUCGUGGCGCUGCUGACGUUGCUGAACAUUCCGCGCUUCUUCCUCUAUCGCCUGGUCCUGCUGAAGCCUAACAAAUAUGCCCCUACCAACACCACCUUCCGCCUCAGCAAAGCCUACAUCGUCAUUUCCUGGAUCAACAGCGCCCUCAUACAGGUAACUCAUACCCUCAUACAGGUAACUCACACAAUUGAAGCUAUUAGGCGACAAACAUUGGGUGGAAUAUCUUAUCUAAAUCCUAAUUUGUGGCGAGGGACUGGGUUGGGCAGAGAGACUGUUUAUUCAAGGCCAAGGGGUGUAAACAACAAUAAUACAUUUGGACAAUUGAUAUUACAAUUAUGCUAACUUGCUUUACUGUGACACAUCCCCGCCCAGCUGUUGUGAUUGUUGAAAUACAUGACAUGCUUUGCUUGCUUUAUCUAGAAAGUUUUUAGUCGGCUAGAAUAGGCUGUGUUGGGUCUGAUUCACUGUCGCAUCUGGAAAGAAGAGGACAGUAAGCAAACUAAGCAAUUUUUUUCUUACAUUGUUUUUGACGACGAUGAGACCAUAACUUGAUGGCCAAAAUAGAAAAAGAAGGAGAAAAGUAUUCUUUCUAAUUUUAGCGGAAAUUGCUAGAAAACUACAGCCUCUGAAUGAAGCUUCGGCAGACGACAAUAUUAGGCGGCUUCGCUGAGCAGAGAACUGGACAAGGUUCCCAGGGCGCAGACAGCGUCAUUGCUUUGAUUUAGAUGGUUGCCCUACCCUCGGCCAGCCUUUCAUAUUAUCAGAACUAUUUUAAGCACUCGUUCUCUAUAUCAAGGCUAAGAAUGGCUUCAUAAGUGGGCAAGACUGCAAGCAAGCUCACUGGCUGUCCACAAAGACCAUUAGCUGAUCCAUACAUCAGGGUUGUAAGACUAGAAGGUGUCAGUAUUAUUAUAACCCU